AUGAAUUCUGUGGAGUUAGUCAAUGAAGUUUUUCAAGAUUUCAGCCGAGUGACUGGGUUAGUUUCUAAUAAAAAGAAGUCCCACAUCUAUUUUGGGGGGGUCAAGGAGGAGAUCAAGAAUGCAAUCUUGGAAAUAACUCAAAUGGAAGAGGGGUCUUUCUCGCUCAAUUAUUUGGGUGUGAAACUUAGACCAACAAAGUGGAGAGCCGAAGAUUGUGGUGUCAUUUUGGAUAAGCUUAGCUUGAAAUUAAAUGGGUGGGCUAGUAGAAAUUUAUCCUUUGCUGGCUGUGCGCAAUUAAUUCAUUCGGUUUUGCUUGGGAUCCGGAACUUUUGGAUGAGCCUCUUUAUUCUACCCCAAAAAAUUGUGGUAGCCGUGGAUAAAAAAUGUCGUGACUUUCUCUGGGGUGUGAAUGGUAAUAGGAGUAAGUUGCAUAUGCCGUCAUGGGAAAAAGUUUGUCUCCCUAAACAGUUCGGUGGUAUUGGUUUCAGAGAGGGGAAGAAAUGGAACAUGGCGAUGGUUGCCAAACACUUGUGGGCGAUUUCGAGCAAGCAAGAUAAUCUUUGGGUGAAAUUGAUCAACUCCAUUUACUUAAAGAAUCAGGACGUGUGGUCUUGCCCGAUAAAACCGGACCUGAGUUGGUACUUCAAGAAGCUUUUGAAGAUUAGAAAUGUGACGAAUGCAAACAUGGUGAACCAGGCAGUGAAAGGUAAUAAAUUCAAAGUGAACAGGUUUUAUAAUGAGUUGAUUGAAGCUGAUAGAACUCCCUAUACUGCUACUGUUUGGCAUAAAUAUAUUGUUCCUAAACACAGGUUCAUGUUUUGGCAAAUCAUAAAUGAAAACCUGCUCACCCGUGAUCACUUGAGCAGAUUUUUUCCCAUUCAUUCAGGGUUGUGUUUGGUCUGUGAUGAUGCUCCGGAAUCCCAUAAUCAUCUAUUCUUUGAAUGCAUCUUCACAAGGAAUCUCAUUGUGUUUGUGGAAAAAUGGGCUGGGCAUAUGCAUUGGCCGAAAAACAUCUCAGAACUUCAUGACCGGGUUCUUCCAGCUAAAGCUAACUUAGCUUCUAAAAUCAUGAAUGCCAUUACUGCUGCUGCCUUGUAUUUACUGUGGAAGAAUAGAAAUGACUGCUUGUUUAGUAUGGUUUGUAAUUCAGUUGCUUCACUUAGCAAAGAGAUUAAGAGUGUUGUUAAGGCUAGAGUUCUUGGGCUUUAUUGUACUAGUCAAAGGAAGAAAGAUCAAUAUGUGUUGAGGUUACUCAAUAGUUGGUAG